AUGGGCAUGUCGGACAAGACGCCGACUACACGCUUCGCACACUGGAACAAAUGGCCAUUCAUGAACGUAAGAUCGAAUCAACUGCAAUCGCCAUUCUUCCAAUUAUCACGCGAAAUUCGAGACAAGAUUUACGAUUACUACGUCGUCGCCGAGAAUGGCUACUUCUACAACCCGGAAACCCGGCAAAUGAUGGACGGCAACCCUUCGUCCGUGUCGCCAAAACCACAAGUUAUCAACACCAACUUGAUAAAGACUUGCAAGAUCGCGGCCGCUGAGAUGAAAGGGUUGGCUCUCGAGCGCAAUGAGGUCAUCUUUCAUGCUAUGUGCUCCGUGAACGAUGGAGAUGGGUGUCUGGAUCUCAACUCGCGGGCUGGACGCUUCAAAAGCCCUGUGCGAGGCAUGGAAACAUUCUAUUCCGCCCGCAAUACCAAAUGGUACUUCUCCGCUACAUCAGUAGCUAUCCAAUACUUGGAAACGAUGAACCCCAAGGUGCGCAUGGUAUUGCGCAACAUCGUCAUAAGAGAAGACUUCAAAAGCGUUUCCAACCCAGAACUCCACGCUCGAGGUCUUAUUCCAUUCUGCCGCGAGAACGCAAACCUUCGGAUUACUCAACACGUCAGUCUUUUCGAAUCAAUGCUUCCGUUGUCUUCGGGUGGGCAAGACAACCGGCGAAGCUUUUACUACGAUCGUGAUACUGUCUGGGGCCCAGAAUGUCUGGAAGCCAUGAUCAACUUGAUCCAAGUAGCGUUUUCACUCCAGACACUUGGUAUGCCGAAAGAGAGCUUCUCACUGGUCUUCGACAAUAGUGUGACAGAAGGCGACUGGGUGUGGAACACGAUUGUCAUGCGCACAGCAGCCUUACAAGACGUUUUUACCAGAUGGCUUCGCGCACACAGUCUUAUCCUCAGAACCAACGAGGGGAGAGAGCCCGGAGGACAUGGAAGGCUGUGGGACGUCCCAUCGACCUUUGCCGCCAACGUUCGGAGUAUCGCAGAAGGAGGGAACGCAAUCAUGCAGCUGACUUCGCGUAUGAGCUCAGUUGAGAUCGAGGCCACUGAUUUAGACCUGAACAGCCGCAUGCACUACACGUUCAGGGACUGGGACGAUGAGUGGAACGCGAAGGUGGGGUACCUAGAUUGGAAUACGGAUUUCUGGAGACGUUUACACCCAAGAUACAGCAUCGAACCGGCGGGCUUCAAGAGAGUAGUAACAACAGUUAGGAGAACUGUGGGUAGGCCCUGA